CUCGAUUUGUGUUCUAGUAGAAGUGUUGUCUGUGGACUUGCGGUGCUUGGCAUGUCGCUCGAUCAUUAUCUGGGAAAGUAGAUGAUUAUCACACUAGAAGGUUUAUUGAUGCAGAAAAAUGUCGAAGCGGCAGCGACUGAUUGAAGAUGACAUCGAGGAGGUCUCAUCCAGCGACGAGGAAAAUGUGGCAUCUGCUUCGAGGCAACAGCCAGGAGCGCAGCCUACCACUGCAGCACCCGUUUCCAGCGCCGGGACGAGCGGGUUUAGUAGCUCUAGAGGUACUACUAGCGGAAGCGGAAGUACCCCACAGCAUCACGGCCCCGGGCCGCCGUCCGCAGUGUUUCAAAAUACCAACAGCCAAUUCGCUCCGCCCGCCUUUCGACCUCCAGCGACCACCGGGCCAGUUACCAACACGUCGCAGUUCCGACCGAUGCUGCCCCCGCCCAUCAUCCGAAACCCGGCUGGUGCGCACCAGGUGCAAAGUGGUGCAGGAUUUUCGUCUUUUUUGCAGUCUCGCCCCGUUGCGCCGUCUGUAGUACCAGCAAACACGUCGCAGUUUCUUAAUCCAGUGACCACUCCGAAGAUGGGCGCUCCGGUGGCGAUGUCACAGAACCAUUUGGGCAAGAAUAACCCAGCAGCAUUUUCGACUGAUGUGCCCUCGCAGCCUGGAGGAACUUCUGUGCAGCAGCAGCAGCAACUACAGCAGCCGUAUCGAGACCCGCCCCGGGGCAUUAGGGAUGUGGAGUUUUUCACCAAGGCGCCCACAGUCGAGGAAAUGCUGCAGCAGAUGACGGGGAUUACUAGACCACCGGUGGAAAACAAUUACAGGGAGAGUACGGAUUCGGCGCAAGCCGGGGCUGUGGCGGCCGCAGCAAGUGCUGCAACCCCGUCCUCAUCGUCCGCGCUCCUUGUUCCGCAGAUCACCCACCAGGAAACAGAAAUGGAGCCUAGCCAAGGACAAGCGCAAGCUCCAGCUCUUCCCGUUCAACUCACCGAGGGAAAAAGUAGACAUGCGUUCGGUACUGUUGGCGCGAAGCCCGGCGAGCCGGAGGAUGUGGGCGGCGGGUUUCUGAAUGCGCAGGCCUUCCGGUCCGGCCGGGAGUACAUGGCGAUGAAAAGCGCGCGCAUGAAAGAACAGUUUUUGGCUUUUCACAACGACAGAAUGGGCCAGGUGCCGGGGAUGGAAGAGCAGCGGGUACUUGCCAGAGAGCGGCAAGAGCGGGACGCCGGUGCUGCGACAACUCUACCCGGCGAGCGGGACGCUACCGGCAAGAAAGUUCUCGUGCACGACCAAUCGAGCGCCUCGUACACAAGUGAGAUUUACAACAGUCGCAGGACCUAUCACCAGGUGCGUACGGAAAGGAUGAAGGAACAACUGGAGAUACAUCGGGGGAACAAGAAGAAUUAUGACGGAAAAAUAGGUGGAGCAGAACUACGGGAAGAUGCGAAGCCGGUCGUUCCUCAAGCGGCGCAAACCGAAAUCAAGGACGAAGGUGCCGGUGAUCCUGGCGCACCAGCAGCAACUAGCAGCAAUCCGCUGGCUUCAAUCGUGCGAAGACUAGCGAAGCAGGAGGAGCGCCGAGGGGGAGCCCUGAUGCCGGGAAGUCGUGGCACCGACCAUGCCGAGAAUUCAUCUGCACAUCACCCGCCCGGUACUUCUGCAGCAGCAUCCUCUUCCGCCGCGGCUGCACAGCGACACAAAAGACGACUGUUCCAAGGGCUGACGUUCUGGAUGACGGGGCGGACGUCGACGUUGACCGACAUGCAAAUCAAGAAGAUGAUUCUGCAGCAUGGCGGCGUCUACGAGCCGUACGGUAUGACGCGGGUUUCGCACAUCAUCGCCGAGAACCUGGCGAUGGGCAAUCAGGUGUGGCGCGAGUACAAGGAGAAACGGGAGAAGAAGCGUUACAAGGUGGUGUUACCCGCCUGGCUCGAGGACUGCAUCCGGGAAAACAAGAUCCUGCCGGAGACGGAGUACUUGCCCGAAGUGUUGCGCACGAAAACCAUCCAGACGGCAGCGGAAAAGCUUGCGGAGCUCGAAAAGUUGAGGCCUCCAGGGAAGCGGAAGAAGAACAAACUGAAGGAACUGGCAGAGGAGGCGGCGAGAAAUAAGAAGGGAGAGAUGGAGGUGAACAAAGGAGCAGCAGACGGCCAAGUAAAAAGUGAGGAAGGUGAGGAGGGGGAAAGCGUACCUGGCGGCAAGAAAAAUAAAUCCGCUGACGACAAAGCGACGAAAAAUGAGAAUGGAGAAACGCUGAAAGUGAAGACAGAACCUGGAAACAAGGAUCUCGGGCAAUCAGACCGAGCAGAAAAAAAACCUCUGACCGCAGCGGAACGCUUUUGGCUCGAGAAACUGGACGAGCCCGUUCAGUACAUUUCCGUGGAGCCUUUUCCGGACGCCGCAGCUGAGAGGCGAAGGGUGCUGAAGCAAGUGCUGUCCAACAAGCGCGUGUUGCAGUCCUUGCAGGUGCAAGAACGUGAGGCCAAUCGGCUGAUUCACUUGCCGGUAGAGCACUUGUCUCAGCAGCAGCAGGUGGAUCGUGCUUCUCAUUCGAGUGGAAGCAACAUCGCUGAAAUCCUGCGCACUUUAUCGCAAUUUCCGCAAAUUGCAAAGCUUAAGCUGAACGUAAUGGGAGCCGUAGCGCCAUCGCCGGAGCGAAUGAUGAGCGCGGCUGCAGAAGUCCCUGCGGCGGAUGUGAACGUAUCGAGCGGCUCUCUUGUGAGUGCGGUAAGCAGCCAGAAUGGAGUAGUGGAUGCAGCGGCAGUCCUGCUGCCUUCUACAGGUUCGACUUCUGGAGCAGGUUCCGCGCCGUCUCUGCUCCAACGAAUGCAAGCGACACAAGGGAAACUUUUAACCCCGAUUCCGGAGGAGGGCGAGCUUUCUUCUUCGCAAGGCAAUACUAGCCAGCCGGGGGCGCAGCUAAAGCUUACAGGAGCCCCUGCAACAUCUCAGCACGCUGACGAGCAGUCAAUUAUCAAAAUUGAAAGAGAUGCAAAGGACCCGGGUAGGGAGCUAGUGACUUUCAACGAAGACAAUGAGGUGGUGCGGCAUUUUGUGCAAGACAUUUUCAACCAGAGCACCACCGUGAAGCAAACACGAGCGAGAAUAAUGGCUUUGUUUCAGCAGCAAGAUAAUGGUGCCGGGUCUCAACAUUCAAAGCGAAC